UUUUUUUUUCUUCAGACUAUAAUAAUAAUUUUUUUCUUUUCAGCCUUUUUUUUCGGUCUCUUUCCAUACCACUUCGUACAAGAUGCCUCACUCGUUCGGUCUUCGCGCUCGUACUCGCCAUAUGUUCUCUCGUAACUUCAGAGAGCAUGGUGUCAUUCCUCUCUCUACUUACUUGAAAACUUACAAAGUUGGCGAUAUUGUCGACAUUAAGGCCAACGCUGCUGUCCAGAAGGGUAUGCCUCACAAGUUCUACCAUGGUCGUACUGGUGUUGUUUACAAUGUCACUAAGUCUGCUGUUGGUGUCAUUGUUCACAAGAGAGUUGGUAACCGUUACAUGGAAAAGCGUGUUAACGUCCGUGUCGAACAUGUUAAGCAUUCCAAGUGUCGUCAAGAAUUCUUGGAUCGUGUUGCUGCCAACGCUCAAAAGAAGAAGGAAGCUAAGGCUGCUGGUGUUUCUUUCAACCUUAAGAGAAUCCCUGCUCAACCUCGUGAAGCUCGUCAUGUUUCUACCAAGGGUAAUGUUCCUCAAACUAUUGCCCCCAUUGCUUAUGAGACCCUUAUUUAAGGAAUUUAAAAUAAAUAAUGAGUGUCGAUAAACUAACCAUGAUGCAAUAAAAAAAACCCCUAUUUUAUUCAUCAGU